CAAGCUUUCAUUUCAUUUCAUUGCUAUAUCAGCUGCGCAUGAAGAGAAAAUGGAUCGUAAAACUUUUUGCAUUUGCAUCCUUGUUUUUGCUUUGAUAAUAAGUAACUAUUAUUUAAUAUUCCACUAUAAUCAACCAUUCUGUACUCAACAGGAAAACUCCGACCAUCCAGCCAUCCACAAUGAGCGCAGCGUUGUCUUUGCAGACCUCUCAAAGGAAGAGAUUCUUCAGGUGCGUGACUACAUGUCCAAGAUCUCUGGGAUGAACAUCUUAUUUGAUCCAUCUUCACGUCUCUCAGAUGACUACCUGUACAUGAUCGAGCUCUCCCUGCCAAGAAAACAGGAGGUUUUGCUCUAUCUGGAUGUCAAUGGAUCAAAACCAGUGAGAGAGGCAACUGCAGUGGUUUUUCAUGGCAGUCAGAACAUCAUAAAGGAAUAUGUUGUUGGCCCACUACCCAACCCAACCUACCACCGAGAUGUGACUGUUGAGAGGUACGAACAGGAGAUCCCUUUAACUGCACGUCCAUUCACUGAAAAGGAAGAAGAACUGAUGGAGUCAUUUCUGAAGAAGAAGCUUGAACCUUUAACUUCACUUCUGUAUGAAAGCUUUGGUUUAAAUCCAUCACAAGACAAUGUUUACUAUGACAGUGAGCCCAGAGGGAUCGAUUCAGGAGACAGACAAACCUGGUUUACACUCUGUCGAAAUGUGGAGGGCUUUUACAUUCAUCCAACCAGCUUUGAAAUUUUGGUAGACCACAAAAGCACCAAUCAUUCGGAUUGGCAUGUGUUGAAAGUGUUUUAUAAUGGUCAGUACUUUGAUGGUUUAUCAGAACUGAAGCUGCAGUACGAGGCAGGGAGUGUGAAGAAAGUCAUCUACAAACCUGUGCCAAAUUAUGCGUCACUCAAACCCAGGAAGAAACCCACCGGUGUUGGACCCCAACAGUUUUCUGUACGAGGCAAACGAUUCAGUAUAGAGAAAAACAACAUCGUGUACCUUGACUGGAGUUUUGCCUUUGGACUGAGCACUGUCAGAGGUAUGAGAGUUUUUGAUGUUCGUUUUAGAGGGAAGAGAAUCAUCUAUGAACUCAGCGUCCAAGAGGCCAUAUCAGUGUAUGGGUCAGUCACCCCAACUCUCAUACUCUCUGAGUACUUAGAUAGCAGCAUGAGCAUUGGUGCACGUGUCAAUGAGUUGGUCAGGGGUGUCGACUGCCCAUAUUCAGCCACCUACAUUGACACUUUCCAUUUCAUGGACACUGGGGCUCCACAGCAUCUCAGGAACUCAAUUUGUGUCUUUGAGCAUGACAUGGGCCAACCUCUGAGGAGGCACUCUGAGGCUGACUUCAAAACCUAUGGAGGACUUGCUAAUAGUGCUCUGGUUUUCAGGACAAUCACAGUUCUAGAAAACUAUGACUACAUUUGGGAUUUCAUUUUCUGCCAAAGUGGCUCAGUGGAGGCAAAAGUGCAUGCCUCUGGCUACAUUGCAUCUUCUUUCAAAUUGGACAAUAAUUUCAAAUAUGGUGACCAAGUGGCAGAGAACACCAUUGGAAAUAUCCACACCCAUUUCCUUCACUUCAAAGUGGAUCUUGACAUUUCAGGAGUGAAGAAUGUAUUCCAGACCAAAGACAUGGAGUUUGAGAAUAUCUCUCUUCCUUGGACGGAUGAACCUGCACGUCACACCCAGAUCCCUAAACUGGUGGAGAAACGGCUUCAAACAGAGCAGGAGGCAGCGCUGCGUAACGGUGACAAGACUCCACAUUAUCUCCAUGUUGCAAGUACCCAAACCAACCGGUGGGGUCACCCGCGUUCCUACAGGCUGCAGGUGUUCAGCAACCCUGGGGAUCACCUCCCAGAGAGCCAGAGAGAGGAGAAGGCCAUUUCCUGGGCCAGGUAUAAGGUUGCCAUAACUAAGUAUAAGGACCGGGAGCAGAGCAGCAGCAGCCUGUACAACCAACAUGAUAUAUGGGAUCCACCUGUUGACUUCAGCAAGUACAUUGAAGAUAACGAAAAUAUCAUAAAUGAGGAUCUGGUUGCCUGGGUAUCCACUGGUUUCCUCCACAUCCCACAUGCAGAGGACAUCCCCAACACUGUGACACUGGGUAAUGGGGGUGGAUUCCUGCUGCGCCCACACAACUACUUUGAUGAGGAUCCAUCCAUCCACUCUGCUGACGGGGUGUACAUUGACCACAACAGUGAGAACAGCUGUGACUACAACAGGAUGGCCUGCCUUGCUAAAGAGACCUGCUGCCCUGUGCUGGAACCCUUCAGCUACCAUGGCUUUGAUGAAGACUGA